UCAUGAGUAUAUAUAUCAUUGAUAUACGACCUCUUAAUUUUGAUUUUAUUAAUUUAAAAUCAAUUUCUCAAAGCUAUCAAAAGAUAAUGGGGUGUUGCUAAGAUAGACCAAAUAAUAUACUCAGAGCCAACGAACUGAGACCCCUAACUAAAGCUCCAUCUCUUAUCCUUACUCAAAGAGCUCAAGUUAUGGAACCAAUGAAGAUCUCCAUUAUUGGAGACAUUGAUAAAAUGGAUUUCAUGGAUGAAUUCCCUCAACCUAUGCCAUCCAUCACAUAAAUUGACUCUAAAUUAGCUGCCAAACAAAUGUCUUCCCGUGAAUUAAAAGAAACUAGGGACUUGGUAAUUGAUUUAUUCACUAUUGUUUUAGAAGUUAACAUAAUUAUCUGAAACGAUCAUAAUUGAUAUGAGAUCAGGUACAUUCCUUCAGAGCCCACUAAAACCAAUGUCAGAGAGACGUUCCAGCAAAAACUUAAAUUAAAAAUUCAUUGAGAUGCUUUGAU